AUGGCGACAGAUAAUUUAACCGCUAUGUUAUACAAACCUAAGGAUUUACAACUGAUACAAACGCCGAUACCAGUGUUAAAUGACGAUGAGGUACUUCUUCGUAUGGAUUGCGUGGGAAUUUGCGGUUCGGAUGUCCACUAUUGGCAACAUGGCGCUUGUGGACACUUCCUACUCAAAGAACCAAUGAUUAUGGGACAUGAGGCAUCAGGUGUUGUCGCUAAGGUCGGUCUAAAAGUGACGAACCUCAAAGUUGGUGACCGUGUGGCAAUAGAGCCGGGGGUCCCGUGCCGGUACUGCGAGUUCUGCAAGACAGGCCGGUACCACUUGUGUCCAGACAUGAAGUUCUGCGCCACGCCACCCAUACACGGCAACCUCGUCAGAUAUUACAAACACGCCGCUGACUUCUGCUUCAAGUUACCUGACCACGUAUCAAUGGAAGAAGGAGCGCUACUGGAACCCCUCGCAGUGGGAGUGCACGCCUGCCGGCGUGGAGGUCUCAAUGCAGGAGACUCGGUGUUGGUGCUGGGAGCAGGGCCUAUCGGUCUUCUCACGAUGAUGACAGCCAAGGCUAUGGGAGCGAGCAAGGUGAUCAUUACGGAUAUCUUACAAUCCCGCCUGGACUUCGCCAAGAAAAUGGGUGCUGAUCACACUCUACUAGCGUCCCGUGACGUCAGCGAAGCAGACAUGAUCAAGAAGAUCCAUGAACUGUUGGAUGGAUAUCCUGAUGUAUCCUUCGAUGCUAGUGGAGCACAGGCUACAGUGAGGCUGGCGAUGUUGGCCACGAAGUCAGGCGGCGUGGCGGUGCUGGUGGGCAUGGGCGCGGUGGAGCAGAGCGUGCCGCUGGCCGGCGCGCUCGCGCGUGAAGUCGACAUCCGCGGGAUCUUCCGAUACGUUAAUGAGUACCCCAUAGCUCUGGCGAUGGUAGCCAGCGGUAAAAUCAACGUGAAGCCCCUGGUCACGCACCACUUUAGCAUUGAGGAGACUCUGGAGGCGUACGAAGUGGCGCGAAAGGGCGCGGGCAUAAAGGUCAUGAUACACGUUCAGCCUAAGGAUACCAACAACCCUGUUAAGUUUUAA